CGCCUGGCCACGAGCCAAGUUUUUGCCGUUAGCCGUGUGAGCGAGAAGCCUCCCGCAACAUCCAAGUGUCAAUUCUCUCGACACAUAUUAAAGAAGAGAUACCCCCGACCAAUGACCAGGAAGUGAAAGAAUUUAGCCAAACGACCACCAGACCAACAAAAUGCAAUCAAUGAAAGCCGAUGAACUGCCGGAGAAUCCGCGCGAGACCUCAAAUAUCUUUUCGUCAUUGAUGUUCUGCUUUGCCAUGCCCACAUUUUUCAAGGGCCGCAAGAAAACUCUGGAUGAAAACGAUCUCUAUCGAGCAUUGAAGGAACACAAAUCGGACACAUUGGGCGCCCAGUUGAGCGAAGCCUGGGAGCGGGAGGUGGAGAAGAAGCGCAAAAAGAAGAAGACACCCAGCCUACUGAAAGCCUCCGUGGAUGUAUUUGGCUGGCGCUUGGCGGGACUUGGCGUAGUGCUGUUCAUAUUGGAGAUUGGAUUCCGCGUCACUCAACCUCUUUUUCUGGGCGGCCUGGUGGCCUUCUAUGCGGAUUCGAGCAACCAGGAGGGCGAUGGGGAGAACCAAACGAAAGCAUAUCUGUACGCCCUGGGCGUGAUCUUGUGUAGUGCCUUCAAUGUCUUGCUUAUGCAUCCCUAUAUGCUGGGCAUGUUCCAUCUGGGCAUGAAGGCCAGGAUAGCCAUGACAAGCAUGAUAUAUCGCAAGGCAUUGCGUCUGAGUCGAACAGCGCUGGGGGACACCACAAUCGGACAGGUGGUUAAUCUCAUAUCGAACGAUGUGGGACGGCUGGAUCUGUCGGUCAUACACAUGAAUUAUUUAUGGCUGGGGCCAGUGGAGAUUGGAAUUAUCACAUAUCUUAUGUACAGAGAGAUUGGUGUCUCUGCUUUCUUUGGCGUGGCUGUGAUGCUGAUGUUUAUCCCACUGCAAGCGUAUUUGGGCAAAAAGACCUCCGUGCUGCGUCUGCGCACUGCCCUGAGGACAGAUGAACGUGUACGGAUGAUGAAUGAGAUCAUUUCGGGCAUUCAAGUGAUCAAAAUGUACGCCUGGGAGAUCCCAUUCAGCAAGAUGAUCAACUAUGUGCGCACCAAGGAGAUGAAUGCCAUUCGAAAUGUGAACUAUAUACGCGGCACCCUCCAGAGUUUCAUUAUGUUUGUCACACGGAUAUCGGUGUUUGUCAGCCUCGUGGGAUUCGUGCUGCUGGGUAAGCUCCUGACCGCAGAGAAGGCCUUCGUCAUCACGGCAUACUACAACAUCCUGAGGAACACCAUGACGGUGUAUUUCCCCAUGGGCAUCUCGCAGUUUGCAGAGCUUUUGGUCUCGAUUCGUCGCAUUCAGACGUUCAUGCUGCACGAGGAGACCAAAGUGCGCGACAAGUCGGAGGAUUUGGAUGAGCAGAAACUGGGAAAGGCGGCGGGACUCGUGUCGGAGCCCACAGCCCAAGCGACUGGUAUGCUGAAGCCCAACAGUCGUCGCACCAGCGGGGCAGAGCCCACCAUCAACAUUAGCAAACUGAAGGCCAAGUGGGAUCAAAAGAGCAACGAAAAUACGCUGGACAACCUCACGCUGAAGUUCAAGCCACGCCAACUGGUGGCAGUCAUCGGUCCAGUGGGCUCUGGCAAGUCCAGUCUCAUUCAGGCGGUUCUGGGUGAGCUCAAUCCGGAUGCGGGAUCGGUGAAGGUCAAUGGAACCCUGUCGUAUGCCUCCCAGGAGCCGUGGCUCUUCACGGGCACCGUGCGGCAGAACAUACUCUUUGGCCUGCCCAUGGACAAGCAUCGCUAUCGCACUGUGGUCAAAAAGUGUGCCCUGGAGCGGGACUUCGAGCUGCUGCCCUAUUCGGACAAGACGAUUGUGGGCGAGCGAGGAGCCUCACUCUCUGGCGGACAGAAGGCGCGCAUUAGCCUGGCCCGUGCGGUCUAUCGAAAGGCGGAUAUCUAUCUGCUGGAUGAUCCCCUCAGUGCUGUGGACACCCAUGUGGGACGCCACCUGUUCGAUCAGUGCAUGCGCGGAUUCCUGCGCGAGAAUAUUGUGCUCCUGGUGACGCAUCAGCUGCAGUUCCUGGAGCAGGCCGAUAUGAUUGUGAUCAUGGACAAGGGCAAGAUCAGUGCCAUGGGCACCUACGAGUCGAUGUGCCAGAGUGGCCUGGACUUUGCCCAAAUGCUGACGGACCCGAGCAAAAAGGAUGAGGGCGCCAGCGGGGAUGCCGAAAAGAAGAAGGAGCUCUCGCGUCAGAACAGCCAACUGCGCGAUCGUCAUGGCAGCAUCUCCUCCAUGGAAUCCGCGGCGGAGUCUGUGGUCGUGGACUCGCCCAUGCAAACGCAGGAGGCGCGCGUGGAGGGACGCAUUGGCAUGUCGCUGUAUAAGAAGUAUUUCGGUGCCAAUGGCUAUGGACUGUUCAUUGUGUUUGCCUUCUUCUGCGUGGGGGCACAGAUUCUCGGCUCUGGCGGUGACAUUUUCCUGUCCUAUUGGGUUAACAAAAACGGAGAAGCAGAGCGGGACACCUUUAUGGCUCGUCUGCGUCGCGCCUUUCCCGAAACCCGCAUCAAUUCCGACACAGACCCCAAGGACAUCUACUACUUUACGGGCAUAAAUGUCUCGGUGAUCGUCUUCUCGCUCGUGAGGAGCAUGCUGUUCUUCUACCUGGCCAUGAGGAGCUCCACAACGCUGCACAACACAAUGUUCAAGGGUGUGACGCGUGCGGCCAUGCAUUUCUUCAACACGAACCCCUCUGGCCGUAUACUGAAUCGUUUCUCCAAGGAUCUGGGACAAGUGGAUGAGAUACUGCCCUCCGUGAUGAUGGAUGUCAUGCAGAUAUUCCUAGCGAUACUCGGCAUAGUCGUUGUCCUGUGCAUCAUCAAUGUGUGGUAUAUUUUGGCCACCUUUUUCCUCGUUGUCGUCUUCUAUGUGCUGCGAUCCUUCUAUUUGAAUACCUCGCGAGAUGUCAAGCGUUUGGAGGCAGUCACACGAUCCCCGAUCUACUCCCAUUUGAGUGCCUCGUUGAAUGGUUUGCCAACGAUUCGUGCCUUUGGCGCGCAGAAGGAACUGAUUGCCGAGUUUGACAAUUACCAGGAUAUGCACAGCUCUGGCUACUACAUGUUUUUGGCCACCAGCCGCGCCUUUGGCUACUGGCUGGACUGCGUUUGUGUCGUCUACAUAGCUGUGAUCACGAUCUCGUUCUUCUUUUUCUCCCCGGAGAAUGGCGGCGAUGUGGGUCUGGCUAUUACCCAAGCGAUGGGCAUGACGGGCAUGGUGCAGUGGGGCAUGCGACAGUCAGCGGAGCUGGAGAACACCAUGACAGCGGUGGAGCGUGUGGUGGAGUACGAGGAUCUGGAGCCAGAGGGUGACUUUGAGUCGAAGCCGAGCAAGAAGCCGCCAAAGGAUUGGCCAGAGGAGGGCAAGAUUAUUUUCGAUGAUCUCUCGCUGAAGUACUUCCCCGACAAGGCCGCAGAUUAUGUGCUGCGAUCGCUGAACAUUGCCAUUCAGGGCUGCGAGAAGGUCGGCAUUGUGGGACGCACUGGCGCUGGAAAAUCCUCGCUGAUCAAUGCCCUGUUCCGACUCUCCUACAACGAGGGAUCGAUUGUGAUUGAUAGGCGCGACACCAACGAUCUGGGACUGCACGAUCUGCGCAGCAAAAUCUCCAUUAUCCCCCAGGAACCGGUGCUCUUCUCUGGAACGAUGCGCUACAACCUGGAUCCCUUUGAUGAGUACAGCGAUGCCAAGCUGUGGGAGUCCCUGGAGGAAGUGAAGCUCAAGGAAGUUGUCGCGGAUCUGCCCAGUGGCCUGUCGAGCAAGAUUUCCGAGGGCGGCACCAAUUUCAGCGUGGGACAGCGGCAGCUGGUCUGCCUGGCGCGUGCCAUUCUACGCGAGAAUCGCAUUCUGGUGAUGGACGAGGCCACCGCCAAUGUGGAUCCCCAAACGGAUGCCCUCAUUCAGACGACGAUUCGGAAUAAGUUCAAGGAUUGCACAGUGCUGACGAUUGCCCAUCGCCUGCACACGGUGAUGGAUUCGGACAAGGUGCUGGUAAUGGAUGCCGGCAAGGCGGUGGAGUUUGGAUCGCCCUUCGAGCUGCUGACGACCAGCGAGAAGAAGGUGUUCCAUUCGAUGGUGAAGCAAACGGGAGACUCGACAUUCGAUGCGCUGCUCAAAGUGGCACAAAAGGCCCAUGAUGAUAAUCUGCGGAUCAAGAAAGAUUCUUGACAUUUCGCCGUACCGAAGGCCUUCAAAGACUAUAUACUUAAGAUACUGGAACCAAUUACGAAUCAUCCGGCGGCCAAUGCGCGCAUACAGAAGACCUUCCUCUUUGCGGAGGCCUCCAAGCAGAAGUUAUUAGGAUAGCACAGGAUACAGGAUACCCACCCCCUCCCAAUAACUGAAUGAAUUUUUACUACCCCCCUAGCCCUACCCCUGCCCCCUACAAAUUGUGUACAAAACAAAUCAAACUAAUUGUUAGACAAACGAGUGUGUGUAUAAACUAGGAGUUAACCUUUGACACGAGGUUCGAAACGUGCGCAUGAAACAUAGGAAAUCAAAACAGCAGGACAAUAAGAACAAAGAAUGAGCAGGAUGAGGAGCAGAGUGGUAGAUGGAGGAGUGACUGUUUUUUAUAUGUGCAAUACAUUUAAUUUUAGCUAAAGACAAAAACAAAACAAAAAACUGUAUGCAUUUCCGACCUUCAAAAGGUCGCGUUGCAUUUGUAUUAUGUGUUCCAGUAAACAACAAAUAACGACAAUAACUAAAAGAAAACAAAACAAAAGUAAAGAGAGAAUUCUAUGAAAUGUUAUGCCUAGUAUUAACAUAUGUAUAUGUAAAUGUGUGUUUUUUAUAGUAAUUUAUUAAUGUGUGCAGGUAUACAAUAAAUGUAACAAUUUUUGUUUUUGUUCUCUU